UUCAAAGUUCUCGGUUUCUUACCCUAUACUAUUGAUAAAUAUGAAAUAAUUAAAAGAUCUAAAACCGCAACAAUUUAUACCGCAUUAUUAAUAAUAGGAUACUCUAUAACAUAUAUACGCAUUACUGUAUCGCGUUUAUCAUUUAUACGUUCACUUGAAACACCUCUUGCUGUUAUUGCUGACUGUAUGGGUCUUGGAUUGGAGUGUAUUGAAAUAAUAAUUAUUUGGUUGUAUUCAAUAUUAUAUUACAAUGAAAUUAAGUGUAUUUGGAAGUUUUUUUUCAAAAUAAUUAAGCGUACUUCAGUCACUAUGGGAAUUGAAAUUGCAAAUAUAUAUAAUGAUAUAUUACGACAGAUGUAUAUUGUUUUGAUAGCUUUAAAUACGUUUUUUAUAACUGUGGUAGGAUUUGAUCAUGUGAUUUGUUACCUGGAAGUCGAAGAUUUCGAUUUAUUUCUUUGGAUAACUUUUAAUUAUCCACGAAUCGUAACGUUAAAUUUCAUGAUGAUUUACGUGUAUUCUUUAAAAAUUAUUAGAAGACAAUUUUACUUUAUAAAUAAAAGCAUUAGUUGUCUACCUGAAGUAUAUGCAGAUAAGAAUAAUAUUUCAGCGGAAAUAAAUAAAAUAAAAUUAAAUCCUCGUGAAACAGAUAAACGGUUGAAAGAUUUAAAUCAACUUGAUCUCGAUUUAAGGGAUUCUAUAAAAAUGCUAAAUAAAUUAUUAUCAUUACCACUUACUCUCGCAUUUUUAAUGCAACUUUCGCAAUUGAUCGUUAAUAUUUAUUUAGUGUUAGUUUUUUUCAGUAAAAAAAAUUACAGAAAUUGGAGGGAAACAUCGUCUACUUUGACAAACAUUGGCUGGCUUUUAAUGAGAUUAUUCCAAUUACUUUGUACUGUAAAUAUUUGUGACUCUAUAUGCCACGAGGGUAAUAGUAAGGCGAAAAUUAUGCACGAGCUUUGGGUUUCUAAACGACCGGAUGGUUCCAAAGAAAUGUUAAAAAGUAUUUCACUGCAUCAACUACGCGAGCCAAUUGAAAUAAAAUUAUACGACUCAUUGAAUAUGAAUCACGAAUUAUUGUAUAAGCUGAGUGGAGUAGUAACAACUUAUUUAAUAAUAAUGAUUCAACUUGAUGAACAAUCUAAAAGUAUAAAGCAUCAUCAUAGCAAUGUAUGAGUAAAUAGUUAAUUUUAUUUUAUCACACUGAUGAUACAUUCAUACAUCAGCAUCAUUUUUAUUGCUAUAAUAUCAAUGAACUUAUGUAAUAUUUAUUAUACUUAUUUCAAUUACUUUCAGGAAGUUGAAGUUGUAUAAAAUAUUAGGCAAAAAAAUUUGUAUUUUUAUUACAUGUGGUACAGUUUUAAA